AUGUCCUUCUUUUGGGUUCAGCAGUGGGUUGCGCUUCCUGUCCUUUACGAGCAACCGAUGGGUGAUUUACCCGCUUCUUCACGGCCACAGGCCGGGGAAAAUGCAUCGGCUGGAGCCUUGCACGAAGGAAACAUGGCCGCUUCCACCUCAGUCCCGUUCAAAUCGAUUGACAACGAUACUCCGUUCCACUCACAGCUGAGCGGUUUGCCCCAAACACAACACCGACAAGAUAAUCGAUCUACUUCAUACCUAGGCACGCCUUACCAGUUUCCGGAGCAAUCCAACUCCCCUUUGAACAUGAGCGCCAUGGCCGGCGCUCUACCAGACUACGGCAUGUCUGACGAAACCUCACUCAACAACAACCUGCAAUCCCCUUCACGCGCUCUCUCUGGCGCAUCACCGUCUGCGGUCGCAUAUCAGCUUGGCCAGAACUUGCAAAUAUCAGGGCACGCCCCGGGUCCUGUUUCUACGAAUUUGCCUUAUGGGGCUGGCUUCCCCGCGAGUUCGUUCCAACAAAACUACAUGCCCCCGCAAGGUAUACAGCACUCCAAUUAUGCAACAUUUGCGAACAAUGGCCCUCGCCUAGGUGGAACCGUACCAGUACAAAACCCAUACCAGAACUACCUACCCCCAUCUCAAUACCUGUACUACCCAGCUCCAUAUGGUGCACACAAUCAGUUCAAUCCAGGCUUCGUCUCGCAAAACACACAGAACCAAGCCCAAGCAUUACAUGGCAGAAGACCUGCGCCCAUGAGUACUGCGGGAGGUGGCCGAAUAGGCGACAUGAUGAAUCAUGCAUACCAUGACGGUGUCUAUUCGGCCAUGCGUACAGGCGCCCCCGACAAUUAUCAAGGCAGCCAGGCUGCGAUGAACCAGUCAUACGGACCAUCACAUACACAGGCUGCAGGAGCCCUGAGCACCAUUCCACGUGGACCACCUCGCAAGCCAAAGCAGUCCGGACACGCCCUCUGGGUGGGGAAUCUUCCCCCAGGCACGACCGUCGUAGCACUAAAAGAGCAUUUCUCUCGAGAAGCUACCAAGGACAUUGAGAGCCUCUUCCUCAUUUCCAAGAGUAAUUGCGCUUUUGUCAAUUACCGCACCGAAACGUCCUGUACAGCUGCGAUGCACAGGUUUCAUGAUUCCAGAUUCAAUGGUGUUCGAUUGGUAUGCAGGUUAAGACGUACCUCCGCACCUGCCUCUGGCGUUCCAACGGGGCCCUCUUCUAUGCUCACUAGCACACAGCAUGUCACUUCUCGGCCCAGCACUCCGAAACAAGACAGUGUGACGUCUGGCUUGCACGAGGCGAGCGCCAUGUCUCCAUCUCACGAGAGCAAUGAUGAUUGCAGAUCCACUGCAGACACGGAUAACAAAUACUUCAUUGUCAAGAGCUUGACCUUGCAAGAUCUGGAGCUCAGUGUCAGGAAUGGCAUCUGGGCCACACAGUCCCACAACGAGGGCACCUUGAACAAGGCAUUUGGGUCUACUAAGAAUGUCUACCUGAUUUUCUCGGCAAACAAGUCUGGCGAAUAUUUUGGAUACGCUCGCAUGGCAUCACCCAUCCUAGAAGACGGUAGCCGAAUUGUAGAAGCAAUUCCGCAGUCUGGAAACAACCCAGAGACAACAGAUGUGCCCAAAUCAAUUCCCACACCUGCAACGGAAUGGGCACCACGAGGCAAGAUCAUCGAUGACUCGGCGCGCGGCACCAUUUUUUGGGAAGCAGAGCUUUCCGAGCCAGACGUUGAAGAAAACACUUUGGAGAAGGAGACUCCAACACUGGAUGGCGAUGCUGCAACCGUUGCCCAAAGCUGGGGGAAGCCUUUCAAGAUUGAAUGGAUAUGCACCAACCGCCUACCAUUCUACCGCACACGCGGCCUUCGUAACCCAUGGAAUGCCAAUCGCGAGGUGAAGAUAGCUAGGGACGGUACGGAGCUGGAGCCCAGUGUUGGCGAACGUCUUCUCCAGAUGUUCCACCGCAUGGGCGGGGCGACUGCAACGCCUGCCGCCAGUGGGCCCGCCAUGGCUGCUCCGAUGGGACAAUUUUAG